AGAACAAAAAUAAAUUAAAUAGACACACCCCCACAACCUCCUUUAUCUUUUCCCGUCCCCUUGUGAUCUCUUUCUCUGCAACUCUCUCAUGUUGAUGUGAUUCUCCACCCACACACACCACCAAAGAACCCAUCAAACUUUUACAAAAGAGAAAGAAAGCUCUCUAAUUAAGAAGAACCAUGGUCUUCCCGUCCCUUCCAAUCUAUCUAGAUCCACCCAACUGGUCACAACAGCAACCUAAUCAGCAAGCAGGGAUUGGCACCCACAACUCUCAGAUUCCACCACUUCCGCAGCCACCAUCAGCAGCGGUGACGGCUGGUGUUGGAAGUGGUGGUUAUCAGGGCUCUAUAAGGCCAGGAUCAAUGGCUGAUAGAGCCAGGUUGGCGAAGAUACACCAACCUGAUGCAACACUAAAAUGCCCACGAUGUGAAUCUACAAACACCAAGUUCUGCUACUACAACAACUAUAGCCUUUCACAGCCUCGUCACUUUUGCAAGACUUGUCGUCGUUACUGGACUAGAGGAGGUGCACUCAGAAACGUGCCAGUUGGAGGCGGUUGUAGAAGGAACAAAAGAAAUAAAGGAAGCAAUAGAUCGAAAUCUCCUAUGAAACCUGCAACAGGUUCUACCUCUGCAAGUGCAAAUUCUUCUUCUAGUGGCUGCACUAGUGAUCAUGUGAUGAUGGGUCAUUUGCAAACUCAAACACCAACUCAAUUUCCAUUCUUGGCCUCUUUGCAUCAUUAUAAUAACAGUGAAUACAUUUCUGGGGGCAUUGGCUCGCAUUUUGGGCCAAUCUCAACAUCUUUGGUGGCUAGAAAUGGCAACACUAGUGCUGGCAGUGAUGUUGAGUUUCAAAUUGGUACUAGUUCAUCCUCAUCGCUUGGUAAUAGUGGCGCGUCUAUGUUGUCAAAUGGCCUUGGUGAGCAAUGGAGGUUGAACAAUUUGCAACAAGUUCAACAACAGUUCCCUUUCUUGAGCACUAGUUUGGAACCACAAAUUGGGGUGUUUCAGUUUGGUGGAGAAAAUAAUGCUGAACCGCCAAGUUAUGCAAAGGAUGGAAACCGGUUUAUUCGUUCUAAAAUGGAUUCUACUUCUAGUGUUAGUGGAAUAAUGCCUCAGCUUAACUCAAUAAAAAUGGAAGAAAAUCAAGGGUUGAGUUUGCCAAAAAAUCUCUUGAUGAGCGGUUCGGGAAAUGAUCUAUUUUGGAAUGGAAGUGGCAAUGCAUGGAGUGAAGUUCCUAGUUUCACUCCUGCACCGAGUCACAUGUUGUGAUCCUUGAAAUUAAACUACUCCCAUUCUACUUUCUUUGCUUUCCUUGUAGCCUCAAAUUUUUAUGAUCAUAGAAAUGAUCGUAUGUAUAAGAAGUUAGAACCAAUAUCACUUGCUAACCAUGCAUGGAAUGGAAUGCUACCCUUUAUGAGUCUUACGAGGAUAAAUGGGAAGGAUCAGAUUCAGAACACUUUGUAUUACCUGAAGACGAGAAAAUGGUACGCAACGCUUUUCCGUCGAUGGAUAUCGGUAAUAAUUUUUGUUGUACUCCAAGUUUGAACAUGAGCGAAGUAUUGGUGUAUUUGUUUUUAUGCAUGUUGUGAUGACAUGAACGGUUAAGCUGGUAU